GCUGUCUUAACUUCCAUGAAAUUUAAGUGUUUAUAAAGCUGUUGUCAUAGAAACCCAUUUAGUUUGAGGAAUUUGAGACAUUUCGUUAUGGCUGUGCAGAGCUGGAUAGACCAACUAAAAGCAUCGAAGAAAACCGCAAUGAUAAGCGAUGGAAAAAGGAAAGUUCAUUAUCUGUUUGGUGAUGGGAAAGAGAUGGCAGAGGAAUAUGACAUGAAAACCGACGAGCUCAUACUCAGAAAGUGGCGCCUGAAAACUACCCUGGGUGGACAUGGAGCGUGGCAAGUCGAAGUCGGCGACCCCCAGCCAUCACCAGUUCAAGGGGAGCAAGAUACAAUCAGGGAAAGUAGCUCCAAUCCUGUAUUCCUACGCAAGGACACAAAAAGCAGUUUUCAGUGGAGAGUCCGGAAUCUUCCAUACCCUAAAGAAGUCUACAGUCUGACAGUAGAAUCUGUGGAACGUGUCUGCACAAUAAGAACUUCCAACAAGAAGUAUUACAAGAAGUUCACCAUUCCAGAUUUAGACCGCUGUCAGCUUCCUCUUGAGGACUCCGCCAUCAGCUACACUCAUGCCAACAACACGUUGAUCGUCAGUUACAAGAAGCCCAAGGAGAUUCUAAGCCUGGAGCAGGAGCUGAUGAAGGAGUUGAAGAAGCUGAAGGGAUCGAAUGAAGGAGACAUCGACUGCAAAACCCAGUGAGGAUCCAAGGAUCCGUCUUCUUCACUCACCCCAUGUUGUUUGGUGCUCAAGAAAAGAACCCUGGCCUGUUGUGUUCUGCUAAUAGAGAUAGAGAAUUUCCAAUCACCAGUUUCUGGGAGGAAUAUAGUGGAAUAUUUCAGAAGUGCCUGAAAAAAACUGUAAGAUUAAUGUUUGAAUGGUCCAAUGCCAUUUUGUUUCACUAGAAAUGUGAAUUUUGGGAUAUUGAAUAUUUCAUAGAUCGAAGUGAAAGGUGUGUGUUUCUUCAAUGAAUUAUUGCAUUUUCAUUAAGUUCAGUUCAUUUAUUACAAGCUGUCAUUUAAUUAGUGCUUUGUUUUGCGUCUUAGCUCAACCAGAACUGAACUAGAACAUGCCUGAAUGGAUUGCUUGAGGCUUGUGUAUGUAUGAGUUAAGGAAUAAAUAUGACAAACUGUACCUUA